CUCUGACCCAGUUGUGUGAACCCAGUUGUAAUAGUAACACGAAUCUCAUUAUCUGCUUUUCUUUUCUCUUUGCAUGCCGGCUGCUUGUUCUCCACUACCAGGAGGAGAAAAAUGAAUAUUUCCCGGUGCCUCUCAAUUGUCACGGCGUUACUAACCCUGGUGGCUCUCAAGGCCUACAUCGAAUGGACGGCCGAGAAGGAGGAACGAUACCCCAUGCCCCAUGCCGUUCGUUGGCAAGGUGGCUUCAUCACCCCCAUCCAGCCUUUCGAGGAUAUCUCUCCGGCUUUUGUCUUCCAUCACUUUAACGCCUCCUUGAAACAAUUCCGCCACAAGAUCCCGCGGGCGAAAGCUUACUGGAACGAUAAGCAGUACAAAAACUUUCGGGCGUUAGAAGAAGGUUCGGCGGUCAAUGCUUCCUGGAAUAAAUGCCCCAGCGCCGACAUGGAGGAACUGGCCACCAAGAUCAAACACUUCAACUCGUAUCCGGAGCUUUAUAAGAAUUUCAUCCUCUACGGGGACUGCAGGAAUUAUUCCCUCCUGAUCAACGAACCCCGUAAGUGUGCUGAGACGAAGAACAACACCUUCCUCCUCUUGGCCAUCAAAUCCGUGCCCGGGAAUUUUGCCGCCCGCCAAGCCGUGCGGGACACUUGGGGGCAAGAAGGAGAGCCCGGUGGGCUGGCCGUCCGCACUGUUUUCUUGCUGGGCACGGCAGAGGGGCAGUUCAGGCCCCGCCUGCAACACCUGGUCCAUUUCGAGAGCCGGAGUUUUGGCGACAUCUUGAUGUGGGAUUUUGAGGACACUUUCUUCAACCUGACCCUGAAGGACUCCCUUUUCCUGCGCUGGACGCUGGACUAUUGCCAGGGUGUCCGUUUCAUUCUCAAGGGAGACGACGACGUGUUCAUCAACACCCCCAAAGUCUUGGGGUACCUGAGCUCGGUGGAUGCCAACAAGCCCCUCUACAUGGGGCAGGUGAUGUCCAAUGCCUCGCCCUUCCGGGCCCAUCGAAGUAAAUACUAUGUGCCAGAGUCGUUUUACGUGGGGCCCUAUCCUGCUUAUGCGGGAGGUGGGGGCUACAUAAUCUCUGGACCCCUAGCCUCGUUGCUCCUCCUCAUUUCUCAGUUCGUGGCCUUCUACCCCAUUGACGACGUUUACACGGGGCUGUGCUUCCAAGCCCUGGGCAUCCCCCCUCAGCCCCACGCCGGCUUCAUGACCUUCGAUAUUGCCGAGAAGGACCGGGAAGAUCCUUGCGUGCACAGCCAGCUGCUCUUGGUCCAUCGGCGCAGCCCCCAGCAGACCCUCCACCUCUGGAAGCAAAUCACCGAUCCAAAUCUCCGAUGCGGACAGGAGGCAUCGAAGCCCCAAGCGCAGAAGCCGCCGGGAUUCUGAUGGAAUUGAGGAACGGAUGACGCGGGAUUUUUUCCGUCCUCUGGGCUGCAAUGGGGAGAGGUUCAGGCCCAAAAUCUCAUCAGAGUAUUUCAAAGGGGACACCCUCCCUCCAACUUUUAGCGUGCUUUCGAAGGGCAGGAGCUGGGAAUGUUCACCCGCUUGGGGCCUGGUCAACGUGGCUGCGAUCGGCCUCUUCUUAAAAUUCCUGUUUUGUCUUUCUGGAGAUAUUCUGGUAGAAGCCAGAGCCAUAUCAAGAGUUCAGGAAACGCUGUUUACAGAUCUAAGAACCGUCCUUAUUUUUCUACCAGGCUGGUUGGAAAAGGGCCACAGCCUCCACCUGGCCUUACCUGAGAAUGCCAGGGCUUCAAGUUUGCUUCCCUCACCCGGUGCCCUCCCAAUUGGCCGGCAAAAGCUGGAUUUCCAAGAGGAACCUUCCUCCACAUCUGGAGGCAACUCAGAGAGCCAACCUGACCUGCCUGGAUUGCAGAAGGUGAAGUAUUGUCCACAAGUGUUUUAUUUUAUUUUUUUCCUUUGGGGCCCGAAUGUUUGGGGGCCAAUGCCUCCCUCCCACAGUUGGAUAAACCAAGAAACCGAGGCACGAAGCCAAGCCUUAAUAACCACGGAGUGCUUCAACGUGGCAGAAGAAGAAAAGUGGAAAUAAGAUUAUCAUCGGAAGUGAGGAUAGCCGUGGUGGCACAGUGGCGAGAAUGUAGCAUUGCAGGCUCACUCUGCUGAUUGCCAGAAGUUUGAUCCUGGCCGGCUCAAGGUUGACUCAGCCUUCUGUCCUUCUGAGGUGGAUAAAAUGAGGACCCAGAUUGUCAGGGGCGAGAUGCUAUCAGGGAUGUAAUUUGGACCCUAGUUUUGGUGCCCGAUAGGAUCUCCUUCUCCGUUCCACCGAUCCUUAUGCCUUUGGACUCCUUGACCAUUUCUGUAUCUCAUCUCUAGCAAAAUUCAUGCACUUUAAAUGUCCAGACCCGUAUUAUCUUUCACCUGUCAAGAGGUAACGGUCAGUUUUUGCAAGUCUGAGACAUGAAAGGGGGAGAAUCCGUAAAUUGGUCAGAAAACUUCAACACUUCUCGAAAUGUACUUGCAAAU